CAGUCAUUCCCCGAAAUUUCUCGCGAGAUCGACACGAUGACGUCCAAAUGAGCGUUACCUGUUCAUUCUAGCCAACGUUGCGUACAUCGUUUUUAUUUUUACAAGGAUUAUCUGAUAUAGAAUCGUUGGGAAUCCGCUAGCAGUGGCACAUUUGCUCGGUCUUUGGUCUGUAAAGGUUCUACUUUUGUUCUCUCCCUGAGCGGAAUCACAGAGAGCAGAGAUGUAUAAUGGCAUCGGGCUGACCACGCCGCGAGGCAGUGGCACGAACGGCUACGUUCAGCGGAAUCUCUCUAGCGUACGCGUGAAGAGGAACAGGGAUGAGCGCGGAGGAGAACGGGAUGAGAAAGACAGAGAGAGACUGGAGAGCCAGCUGAACAGACAACCUAAUGCUGAAAUCCUAGAGCAUCAGAGGAAGAGACAGCUGGAGGUGAAAUGUGCCGAGCUGCAGGACAUGAUGGAGGAGCAGGGGUACUCUGCUGAGGAGAUCGAAGAGAAAGUCAACACCUUUCGUUUGAUGCUGCAAGAAAGAGAAGAACCUGCACCUCUUCCAACAGAGAAGCCAGUUGUGACUGAGACGCAUGCUCUGGCAGCUGCUAACCAGCAAAAAAAUGACCGUUUGAGAGAAGCGUUCGGUAUCAGCUCUGACUACGUUGACGGCUCAUCUUUUCAUCCUGACCGGAAGGAGCGAGAGAAGGAAAAGAGGGAGCAGGAGAGGCUGGAAAGAGAGAAACAGCAGCAGAAGUACCAGAUUGUUGAGUCUGAUGAUUCAGAUUCAUCUACUGAGCGAAAAAAGAGCCGGAAGAAGAAGAAAAAGAAAAUCAAAGGCAGAGAAAGCUCUGAGAGCCCCUCACCUUCCCCUCGGCGAGAGAAGAAAAAGGACAAGAGGAAGAAAAAUAAAAGGGAGGGGUCAGUGAAGAGUGACACUGAGAGCAGUUCGUCAGAUGAAAGGGAAACAUCCAAAAGAAAAAGAAAAAGGAGUGACAAUGAGGCUCCUCCCAAUAAGAGCCGAAAACAACAGAGUGUAUCUUCCAGCCCAACUCGCAGCCAAUCCCCCCAAAGAGGGAAGCAGCAGAAUAAAUCAGAUUCUCGUCCAGAUGAGGGGAGGAAAGGAAGAUCCCCUGACAGGAGGCGACGCGGCCGUAUUGAGGAAAGUCCAAAGAGGAUGGAAGUCAGAGAGAGAUCACCAAGACGCUCAAGAACGCCUGAGCACAACAGAAGAGACAAAGGCCAAAAACUUGAUAGAGAACAAGUGCAAGAAAAACCACAGAGAAAGCAACACAACUCUUCAUCGCCAUCUCCUCCACCAAAGCAGAGGGGGGAUAGACGACCACGGAGUGAAGAGCGGGUGAAACCCCUUCAGACAAGACACAACUCCUCUUCACCAUCUCCACCACGUAAGCAGCAGCUAGACCGAAGACAACGGAGCGAAGAGAGACAGAAACCCUCUCAGCGGAAAAGGCGUGACUCUUCGUCUCGCUCUCCGACUCCUAAGCUGCAGAGAGACAAGAACCAAGGGGAUGAUGGGAGAAAGAACAAAGGUCAAAGAAAACAUGACUCAUCCUCAUCCCCGUCUCCUCCACGUAAAGAUAGAACGAGAAGAGGACACAGUGGAGAGAAGGAAGCUUCCCUGAGGGACAGGGAAAUGGAGAACCAUGGGGACAGAGCAAGAGACAGACAGAGGAAUAGUGAUAGAGAAACAAUCCUGUCUAGUAGAAAGGAUGACCAAGGACGGGAGAGUGAUAAAGGGAAGGAACGAGACCGAAACCGAUCUAAUGAUUCCAUGUCUCCUGCUAAACGUUCACCUUACGCCAAUGGAGGGCAAAAAGAACGAGAUCGUGAACUGGAGAAGGAGCGAGCAGAACAGAGAGACAAAGACAGAAGACGAGAGGAGGAGAUGAAGGAAGAGGCUCUGAGAAAAGCCAGAGAGAGCGACAGAGAAAAGGAGAGAAACCGCACCAGAAGCCAAGAGGUGUCUCGAUCAGACAGAAAGUCCUCUUUUAGCUGUCAACCUGAGGACAGACGAGGUGCCAGAGGAAGUGAGCAAGAGCAAGAGGUUGGCAAGAAAGACAGGAAAAUUGAAGAGGACAAGAGACAGGAGAGGAGUCCUCAAGACCAAAAGGAGGAGAAAGAGACUCAAAAGGAAAAGCCUGGGAAGAAAGACAAAGCUGCAAGUAGUAGUAGCAGUAGCAGCAGCAGCAGCAGCAGUAGUGACAGCAGCAGCGAGAGUGAUAGUGACAGCUCCUCAUCAUCAUCCUCCUCAUCCUCAUCGUCAUCAUCCUCGGAUGAUGAAAAAAAGAAAAGUUCAAAAGACAGCAGCACAGCCAGUAAGUUGGUUCCUAACGCUGUCAUCGCUCUGGCUAUUGCACGUAGAGAGAAGGAGAAUCGAGGAAGGGAUGGGGAGAGGGAUGAAGGCAAGAAGGUGUACCCUGCCACACAAAGACAGAGCUCACCUCCUGAGCCCCAGAGAAAAAGGGACAACGUUGAUAAGAGACAACUAGAUGUGGAGAGAGACCGGAGACCUGGAAACUCCUCGUCUCCCUCCACAGGAACCAAAGACCGUGGAAAAGAAAGGUACACUCCCACCGAGAGUUCCAGCCCGCCUCCUUCACCCCCUCAGAGAGGCCGGGACAAGUACACGCCUUCAGAAGAACCCAAAUCUCAGAGCAGAGAUCGUGGAGGCGAGCGAUACCCCCCGUCAGAGAUGGAACGAGAGUCGUCACGCCCUUCUCCUGGCAGAGGAAGAGAUCGACAGAGUGACCGAAAGAAAGACAUGUCGCCUUUGUCUCAGAGGGGAAAAGAAAGGAACAACGUGUCACAGGUGAAACAGACAGUAGCUCGGCCUUCACCAAAACGCACCCCACCACGACAGUACCAGGACCCACAACAUUCGCGUUCCCCCAGUCCUAGACGAGGAGCGAGAAGACCGUCACCUCCACGAAACUCAUCUCCUUUCAGAAGGGAUCGCAGCCGAGAACGUCUCCGAGAACGAGAAAGGGACCGAUUUAGAGCAAGGCCAGGAGACAGAGAACGAGAGCGUUCCAGGGAUAGGAGAAUGAGGAGCAGCAGAUCCAGGAGUCCUCGAAGACAAAGUCCUCCCUACAGGUUUCGUCGUUCACCCUCUCCAGUACGUCGGCGCAGAAAUAGUCGUUCGUUGUCAAGAGAAAGAGAAAGGGGGAGAGAGCAGGAGAGGAGGAAUCGAGAGCGAGAGAGGCAGCGUGAACAGGAGAAAGAGAGAGAACGAGAGCAAGAACAAAGAAGGAGGGCACCACCCAAAGAUCCCACUCCUCCACGCCGCUCGUCUUCAUCAUCCUCAUCCUCCAGUUCGACCUCUUCAACCUCACCCUCUCCUCAAAGACAGAUGAAGGGGUUAAAGUCAACAGAUGCAGAUAAAAAGAGAUCAAGGGAAAUUGAUGAACAGACAAGAAAUAAGCAACCAGAAAGGAACUCCAAACAUCCAUCUCCCUCCCCUCAUCGUGAGACUCGUCUCCCUUCUAAUCAAUUGCAUAAUCGCUCUCACUCCCGUGAACUUCCUGCCCGUUCUAGAUCACCAACGACCAACCAAUCACAAAGCAGGGAUACACCAGGUGACCGAUUAAGAGGCCAGACCCCGUCAUCUGUCCAUGAGCGGCACCACGAGCCAUCAAUGAAAGGAAAGACUGCAGUGAACGGGAAACCAGAGAAGGAGAGCUCUGGCCAACAGCAGAAGAAGCAGAGAAGCAGCUCAAGUUCUUCAUCUUCCUCAUCAUCAUCAUCAUCAUCGUCGUCCUCAUCAUCAUCAUCAUCAUCAUCCUCAUCAGACAGCUCAGACACUGAAACAGAGAAAGGAAAAGGGGGUGUUAAAGCAAGUACAAAUAGAGAUGCUGGCAAGAUGGCAAAAAGCAAAGCUUCGUCGUCGUCGUCAUCAUCCUCAUCAGAAAGUGAGCAAGAAGAGAAGAAAAGUCCUCCACGGCCCAAAAGAGUGCCAGCAGACUCAUUGAGAGACUCUAGGUCACUCAGUUACUCCCCUCCAGCGAGGCAACGAAGACCUGCACAUUCUCCACCCUCUCGACGUGCAAGCAGGAAGUCGAGAAGCAGAUCUCCAGACAGUCGACGGAGGAAAUGAGUGAAUAAUUGUACACUUCUUUUGUUUUCUCUCCUUUCUGACUCUCACUGGACUGGAUCAUCUCAGUAUCACAUGGAUGAGACUAGAAAUGUGACUAGUUGUAAUGGUGACAUUUUCACCAUUAUUAGAGGAAGGUCUAUUGAAACUUGGUUAUUUGUAAUUCAUCCCAAAAGGGAGGAUUUAUUUUUACCUUUAUUAUGCUGUAAUUAAUGUAAGGAGGCCAGCUGAGACACUGAAGCUCUCAUCAACCAUUGCUCUGUGCCAACAGAUGCUAUUUGUAUACAUACACAUACACACAAAAUCACACAUGUUCAGUGGUUUUCUGUCUGCUACAUUGUUCUGAAUGUAGAUGAACGUCUGUAAUUUGGUGAUCAGAAUGGACGAUAUUCUGUUCCUGCAUAUGUGGACCGAGUCUGUUCCUUUGUUUAUUUGUUGGAAAAAAGAAUUGUGAAUAAUAAAAUGGCAGUAGAAUA